CAUAUUUCAACUCGGUGCAUCAAAAAAGGGAUAGUGAAACCGGUUAAAUAAGUUAGCUAGAAAGCUAGUUUAAACCAGAAAAAGUUGUCAACAGUGGACUUUAAGUCAUUUUCACCGGUGUCAAAAGAAGGCAUCAGCUCCAGCAAUGAACAUCUUCAGGUUAACGGGAGACCUCUCUCACUUGGCAGCUAUCAUCAUUCUCCUGCUCAAAAUAUGGAAAACCAGGUCGUGUGCUGGUAUCUCCGGGAAGAGCCAGAUCCUAUUUGCUUUUGUCUUCACUACUCGCUACCUGGACCUCCUCACCUCCUUCAUUUCCCUCUACAACACCACCAUGAAGGUGAUCUACAUUGGUUGUGCCUACGCCACUGUCUACCUGAUCUACAUGAAGUUCAAGGCCACCUACGAUGGGAACCAUGACAGCUUCCGAAUGGAGUUUCUGGUGGUUCCUGUAGGGGGCCUUGCCUGCCUGGUCAACCAUGACUUCUCUUUCCUAGAGAUCCUGUGGACAUUCUCCAUCUACCUGGAGUCGGUGGCCAUCCUGCCCCAGCUCUUCAUGAUCAGUAAGACGGGCGAGGCGGAGACCAUUACCACCCACUACCUGUUCUUCCUGGGUCUCUACCGGGCCCUGUACCUCUUCAAUUGGAUCUGGCGCUUUUACUUCGAGGGUUUCUUUGACAUGAUCGCCAUCGUGGCCGGCAUGGUGCAGACCAUCCUCUACUGUGACUUCUUCUACCUUUAUGUCACCAAAGUGCUGAAAGGAAAGAAGUUGAGCCUUCCAGCAUGAGAGGUUCAGACGGAGACCCCGUGUCUCCCAGCAGACUCAGGGUGCGUAGAGAUGACAUCACGGAACCCCGCCGAGCGAGCACAAGAUGCCUGAGAGAGAGAGCAACUCAAGGGGAAAAACACUAGUCUUCUUCAUGAGUAACUUUGAACUGGUAAACAACAAACAGCUCCAAAACUGAAUGAGAGGUCAUCCCAGGUCUUCACGCAGUCUUCAGAUAUCUGUUUUUAGCAUCUUGCCUUACCUUUUCUCAUUGCUGUUCAGAAAAGAAAGAAAGAACAUGUUUUUUUUUCGAAAUGUGAGGUGUGCUCUUUGAUGGCUCAACAUGCAUUGUCGAUUAGGGUUGACUCAAUGCAAAGUACUAUGCCGAACUUCAAAAUGAAAUGCAAAAAUGUAGUCUUUAAGAUUAAGAGCGUCUGCUAAAUGACUAAAAUGUAAGAUGGAAACGAUGUGUCUAGGAGUGUUAUGUAAUGAUUUGUCUUGAUAUUUUUUUCAUACAUUGUUUUUUACAUUUAACCCCUUGGCCAAUUUAUUAUUCACAACUACAUUUACUUAUCUGUUUUGUAGGUGCUCUUUCCUUUGGAUAUCCCAGUUUGCACUCCUCUUUAAAAAAAGUUAUCCUGCAAAGCCCACUUUCAGGUUCUUGUGUUUUAUAGAACCCUUUGCCCAAUAUUUUUUUCCCCAGUUGCCCUUUUGACAUUUUUGGUAAAAUUUACUUCCAAUGCAGUUGUCAAAUUGGAAAAAGCUCCCAUCUUAACAUGAUAAAUAUCACCUUUCACAUCACCAACCAAAAUAAGAGUUUAUUGCAUUAUGUAGGCCCAGCCUCAGCUUGUUCAACAUUGGAUGAUUGUAAGUAAUUUAGGGGUCCGUGUCAGUAAAUGUGCUUUCCGAUAGGGCUAUUUGGUUUGUUUUCAAUGCAGUCAUAGACUAAGGUUAAUUUGGUAUUGAUUGAAUACUGUAAUCGCCUUACAUGGUCAGUUUGUUGUUUAGCUGUUUAAAUAAAGAUGCAGUCAUUUGUCACAGGUAAAACACCCAUUGAAAUGUAAAUGAUAUUCUAGAACAGGGUUGAGGAGGAAUGCGUGUGAGAUAUGGUGUUUGUUAUGUAUGCAUUUGGGUCAAAUCUCAACAUUUAACUCAUUUUCCCAGCUAAGUAAACCCCAUACUCUUUUCAUUUGAGUCAUUCCUAUAGCUUUUGUUUUAAGUUGCAUGAUACCACUUCACCUCCAAUAAACUUUUUAUGAAAAAACAA